AUGGUAAAUAUGGACAACAAAUCCCAUCCCAAUCAGGAUGAUGACAACCCAAAUGUCACAAACAACAACAAUCAAGAGAAUCUCAAUGAAAGCAUCUUCAGCCUUCCCAAUAUGUUUAACAGCGCAAACUUCGCUCAGGCUAGUAUUCUUUCUAAAGAUGCCGAAAGCGCCAUGACAAGCCCAGUUACUGGCUACACUAGCAUUUUCUCUGAUGUUCCUAGCAGCACCUAUAACAGCCCCAGCUCUGCUCAUACAAGUACACUUUCAAAUGGCUCGGGUAGUAUUAUGAGUAGUCCAGUUUUUGCUCAAACUAGCAUAUUUGGAAGCGUUUCAAACACUCAUUCGAAAAGCCCUGUUCCUGCUCAGACUAGCAUCUUCGGAGAUAUUCCGAGCAGCAAGUCGACCAGAACAACCUCAGCGCAAGCGAGCACUUUCUCGAAUGCACCAGAUAGCACCGUUGAAACUUCAAAGACUGUUCAGUCCAUCAUCCCAAGCUCCGAAGUGGAUUUACUUCCUGCUGACCCUGAGCCGGAGCAAGACCCCGAUAUCGAUCCAGACGCUAGCCUCGAUGACAACUCAGACGUUGAAAUGGAUAGCAACACCAGCUCCCGCUCCAUCAGCUCUUCCCCCGAAGCCCCUGAUUUCAACGCCCCUGCUGCUCCAGCCUCGGAAACUUUCUCUGUCCCCUCAUACCGCUCCUCUCCAUCCAUGCGAUGUAACAUGCCCCGUAAUUUCCAAGAACUAAGUAUCAUGUUCAACAGCACCAAACGCACUGCCGCUAUUAAAGGACAAGCGCAUCGAAUUGGAACCGCUGGCGCUGAUAGAGAUGAUAGCGGAACCUAUGAUCCGAGUUUAGAACGGAAACGAAAUACGAGGAGUACGAGAGCGAUGACUAAGAAGAAUAAGGAGAAUAGAGGAGAAACUGUAAAGAGCGUGGGUACGGGUAGUGAGAGAAAAACGAAGGAACAGGGGUCAUUUGAGCUGGUGGUUACGAUUAGAUUGACUAGUGAAAGAGGAUUGGAGUAUUUGAGAACAAUCACGCUGGGUCCUGAAGAUGACGAGAGGAACUUUCCACCGAUUCAAGAAGCGGAUGAUGAGGAUUCGAGUGAUGAUGAUGAUGAUAAAGAUGAUAAAGAUGAGGAGAUUGCGAUUGAUUAUCCGACCCCCUCAACACGGAGGAAGAGGAUCAAAACUUCACAUAACCGAAGAUCUGACGGCCUAACUCUCUCUGAUCUCAACAACGGCCACCCCCAACGUCGUGGCUGCAAAGGCUGUUUCGAAGCCGGUGACGACGAAUGUUCUCUCAUAGAAUAUAGUCACGAAUGGCCUUGUGAGAGUUGUGAAGAUGCAGGUAUCGAUUGCGAACUCAUCAUCCCGCCCGAACUAAAACUUUCCUGUAUUCGGUGCAAGGAAAAGCUGCGAAAGCGAUGUUCCUAUGCGGAUGAUGGUGGAAAGGAUGUUGAUUCUUGCAAAGCGUGCGAGGAAGCUGGUGCAAAAUGUAUUGCUGGUCCCAAAGCUGGUUCGGGACCUUCAAUGCGGAUGACGGAUGUUCUUGAGAAUAUUGGGGCUAAGAAAAAGGGAAGCUCGAAUAGUAAAAAAGAGAUUGCGAAUAAACUGUUGGCAACAGCUAUAGCUACGGUCACCAACGUUGCGAAACCAAAAGCCGCGCCCAGGAAAUACGUUUCGUGCAACCGAUGCAGACUCGAAUUCAAAGCCAAAUGUACGCUGAAGCGCGAUGAAGAAGGACCAUGCAGUCGCUGCAUCAAAGCAAAAGUACCUUGUACUUUCACAAUGCUACCACUCCCAGUCCCCACACCUUCCAAUGAGGAAAAAGGCAAAUCAAAUCGAAAAGAAACCGUUCCAGUUCUCAGAACCCCUCAAGAUAUUACUCAAACCAUCAUUCUCGAAUCAACUAGACUCAAUGAUCGAGAGUGGCGCACUACAAAUCCUCAUGCUCGACGCACCAAAGUCCAACAAAAAGCCUACGAGAGAGCUAUAUCUUCUGCUUCUCCCGAUGAGCACUUCUCAAUGGCCAACUCCACCAACAAACACGAUUCCUUCAGCAGACUGCCUUCAUACGACCUCAAAUACUCCACACAAGCUACGAAGCAACUCAUUCCUCCAACCUUCGCCCUCCAUCACAAAGGCAUCCGCACCAUAAUUAUUCCCACUUCCUUUGCGCACCCCCUCACAUUCAACUACAAGCGCGACCCAAUGGCUCUCUACCCUCCUUGCGAUUUCCACUCCACUCCCUUCUUCGGGCUGUUCGGUUACGGCAUCCGCCACGUCACUGUUGUCCCCUGGCCCUCCAUCACCGGAGCCGGCUACGAAGAACUCGAAAACGGGUGGGGAGAUAGUGGAGCCGGCCAUGACGCCACGAGAAUGUGUGUAAAAUGUACAUACGAGCGAGUCAAAAUUCUCGGGUGCGCAGAACACGAAUUAAGACCAUUAGAAGGACUGGAUGAGCGAAUGAGAGAUGAUAGGUUAGUGAGAGAUAGUGUGAAGGCCUGCGAGGAAGGAAUGAUGCAGGGGAAAUGGAUGAAAGGUAGCGGGGAGACGCCGGAGCGGGGAAGUCGGGCGGAUUUGGUGUGGAGAGCGAAAUGGUGUGCGGUUUGUCCGAGGCCUGGGGAUUGGAUCUGUAAAUUUGGGGAUACGUGUAAUGGGCGGAGGAGUCUGUCGCAUUCUACGCAGGGUAGUCAAUCACAUGUGAAAGGAUGUGGUUUGAUUCUUUGUGAUACGUGUUAUGAACUCCAUGGGAAGGUUCAAAAGGGAGGGAAGAAGGGUGGAAGAAUUGUUCUGGGCAGGGUUAUUCAGUUGGCGGGGAGUCCGAGUAGAAGGGAUGAUUAUCCAGAUGGGGUGAGGGCUGAUGCGGGAUUAUUGAGGGAAAACGGGGAGCUAUUUGUUAGGACACUGAGAGGAGGCUGCGCAGGGAGCAAAGGAGAAGUCAAAGAUGGCGAAAGAAGUUUAACGGCAGGCGAAACAGAAAUUGCGGGGAGAGGAAUAAAUGGGGGUCAUAAUGGUAUGAAUUCGGUUGGGAACAGAAAGCGACAAGGAAAAGGCCUUGAUGCAGCUCGACAACGACAGACCCUAGACUCGGUUACAGUAAGUAGAGGAGUCGUGGUGAAAAAAGAAUUUGCGAACGUAGCGAAAUCGAAAGCAAACAAUAGGGUUGAAGCUGAGGACAGAGAUGAGGAGAUAAAUGAAGAUAUCAAGGAAGAAGAUAGAAUGGAGGGAAUGUCAGGUGGAGUGCUGAGAACGGUUGCAACUCCAGCUGCCAGGGCACGCGAGGCAUUCACCGGCGAUUUCACUGGUGAUGGAGUGGCCAGUGGAAGGUGGAAGGGAAAAGGAGUAGAUAGACGAUAUCGUCGGGAAAUAGGAGCGAAUGAUGUGAUGAGAAGUAGUACUGGGAGUGAAGUUAUUGAGUUGAGCGACUAG